AACAGCAACAGCAACAGCAACAGCAACAGCAACAGCAACAGCAACAGCAACAGCAACAGCAACAGCAACAGCAACAGCAACAGCAACAGCAACAGCAACAGCAACAGCAACAGCAACAGCAACAGCAACAGCAACAGCAACAGCAACAGCAACAGCAACAGCAACAGCAACAGCAACAGCAACAGCAACAGCAACAGCAACAGCAACAGCAACAGCAACAGCAACAGCAACAGCAACAGCAACAGCAACAGCAACAGCAACAGCAACAGCAACAGCAACAGCAACAGCAACAGCAACAGCAACAGCAACAGCAACAGCAACAGCAACAGCAACAGCAACAGCAACAGCAACAGCAACAGCAACAGCAACAGCAACAGCAACAGCAACAACAACAACACACAUCUCUCAAAAACUCGGAUUCUUUGACGAUUGUGAGACUCUUCAAAACUUGCUCGUAUCCUUAAUUCCCCUUCAUUUUCCCCUGUGUUACUCUUCCUCUUGCUGUUAUCUCUCCCCCUCUUUCCCCCACCCCCUCUUACCCCCCUGCCAGGUCUCUUCUCCUGGUGCUGAGCGUGUGGUCAAGGUCCCAGACGAUUUGAUCCGGUUUAAGGAGCUUCCUAUGUAUGUACACUACCGGCUGCCUAGCGAAGCAGACAAUACAGGGGACAAGAGCGCUACUGCUAGUGGAGGCAAAACGUCUGAGGAGAUUCUUUCGUUAGUGGAGGUGGAUGAGGAGGAGCGUGUGACUAUAUGGAGGGUUGCUGAUGUGAGGUUAAACAGGGAGCUGUAUGGAGGGAAGGGACGGCCUUUGAGCCGGAAGAAUCGGGAGAGGAGGAUUACUGUUCCGUGUUCAGACAUUCUAGUCUUCCAUCCCACCUUGAUUUUCACUCAAGAAGGAUCCAAGGAGCAGCUCGAGUAUCUUCAGAGUGAGCUGAAAGGUAUGGCAUUGUCGGUCAUUGGCUGUUGUAGUGAUUAUGGAAUGGUCGAAACAUGUUCUACGACAGCAGCAUACGAGUGGUUUGGAUCUAAGAACCGAGACGCUCCUGGCGAAGAGUGUUCUGCCAUCUUUUAUAACCGAGACCAGGUUGAGGUGAUGGAGAGUGGGAAUUUCUGGCUUUCCGAGACGCCUGAAGUGUGUGGGAGCGUAUCCUGGGGUGCAUCCACUCCUGCAGUUGUUACUUGGGUGAAGUUCCGAGUGAAAGGGCUACAGCCACCAGGGUAUGCGUUUCAAGCUUACAAUGUCAGGAUGAAGACAGGAAGCUCCUCAGCAAGAGCGAAAGGAGCUUUGCUUCUGUGGCAGCAUAUCAGCUCUGUUCCACCAUCGAUACCUGCACUCAUGUGUGCGAAUUUCAACAAAAACAAGGGAUCUGCUACUGCAAGGUUCUUCCUGGGAAGCUGGAAGCUGAAUGGCAUCGAAGGAGAUUUCAAAGACGUCUUGUCGAUCGCUCGCAAGAAAAUCAACACAGGCCACAUAUACUCCCACCAUCGCUUUCAAGGUCCUGACAUGUCUUGCUUGCAAAUUGUCAAAAGUGCAAUGGAGAUAUGUACAGCUGAGAGCGAUCCUGGCAUUGUGGAUCCACUUCAUACUGACUGGAUGUUCCGCUAUGGCCGGGCACUGAAUCCUACCUACUGCGAGGUGGUGAUCAGCACAUGGGGAGGAAAACUACCCUCAAGCCACUACCCUCUCUAUGCUGAAUUCUCACUGCCAAGAAGUGUGCAAGCAGCUCAGUAG